AUGGACCCGGCAGUGCCCAGAGCCACGCUGAAGGUGCUGGCGCUGUGUGCGGCGCUGCUGGUGCUGGUGGCAGCGGUGACGGUGGCGGUGGCGGUGAUGGUUUGGCGCUCCGAGGCACUGGGAAAGCUGCGGGGCUGCCGGGAGCGGGCGGCCAACGAGAGCCGGGAGCUUGGGAAUGCUGUGGCCGAGCUGGAGCAGGAGCGAGCACGGAUGCAGCGGGUGCAGGAUGCGCUGCGCAGGGAGCUCGCCCAGGCCCAUGGGGACAGCAAGAAGAUCAAUGGCAGCCUGGUGUCCUGCAGGGAGUGGGCGGUAGGUGCUGCUGGGAAUGGGGACAGGAGGGUCCUCAGCCACCUGCAUGCAUGGGGUAUUUUUAGCUGCAGCUUCAGCUGGGAAAGGGCCUGGCCCCAGAGCUGUGGCCACAGCCCGGAGGAAGAGCCGGUCCCACCGCCCUCCGGGUUCAUCCGGCUGAACAAUGGACCAGAGAGGCUGGAAAAGUGCUCCCGCUUCCCAGGGCUGGCGCCGGGCUGGGCACUGGGGAGCCCUGUCCCCUCCCAGGGAUGCCAUCCAUGGGGACCUGGCUCUGUGUGCUCCAGCAUCCUCCCCAGGCUCAGGCAGAGCCAUCCCCACAGGGAAGAGGGAUUUCCCCACACCCUCAUCCCUACUCCUUCAACAAACACGGCUCCCAGGGAGCAUGGGGACCGCCUGGGGACAUGGGGUGGUGGUGAGAAGGGGCAGGACACUGCCCACCCUUGUCCCCAGGCCCGACUGGUGGCCAAUGUGACAGCGCUGGGGCACGAGGUACUGGCCCUGCAGCGGGAGCGGGAUGAGCUGGCCCGUGGCAAAGCAGCUCUGGAAGGGGAGCUGGUGCGGGGAGAGGAGCGGGCGCUGGGGCUGCGGCAGCAGCUGGAGCAGGCGAUGGAGCAGCAGCGAGCGCUGCGGGCACGCAGGGAGCGCUGCGAGGCGCGGCACAGAGACCUCGAGGCUGCGCUGUAA